AUGCCUGACCAAGACUCACGAUCGGCUGCGGCCGAGAAGGCUGAUACUGGUGUCUCGACAUCACCAGAGCAACAACAAGUACAGACAACACCAACAGAGACUACUGAAGUCGCGAAGCCAAAGGCAAAGCGCUUUGAGACUGUCUUUAGCUUCUUCAAGCUGCUUUUCUAUGCCAACCCAACAUGGCUCGAUUACACGCUGGUCUGCGUGGGCACCAUUGCCGCCGUCGGCUCAGGUGUCCCGUUCCCGCUGAUGGGUAUUCUCUUCGGACAGCUGAUUGACGACAUGAACGGCGCGACCUGCGCCAACGGCAUUGGAGACCCGGCCGCCUACCAAGACGCCGUCAACGACAAAGUCGUCAAGCUCGUCUGGAUCACCUGUGUCGCCUUCUGCCUCAUCUACACGCACACCACCUGCUGGGGAAUCGUCAGCCAGAGACUCGCCUCGCGCCUCCGCGAAAAGUACUUCCAGAGCUUGCUGAGACAGGAUGUCGGCUUCUUCGAGAGCAGACAGGCCGGUGAAGUCUCGUCACGCCUCAACUCCGAUAUCCAAACCAUUCAGUCCGGAACGUCCGAGAAAGUCAGUCACUUCAUCGGCACAAUCUCCUUCUUCGUCACGGCCUACGUUAUCGGCUUCAUCAAAUACGCACCCCUUGCUGGCAUGCUGGUUUCGCUCAUUCCCGCCUACUUGCUCGCAUCCAUGAUUUGCGGAAGCUACAUCCAGAAAUGGAGCGGAGCCAUGUCAGAGGGCAUGGCCAAGGCCUCGUCCAUCGCUUCAGAGGCGCUUUCUCACGUAGCCGUCGUUCAGGCGUUUGGCGCCGGACCUCGCCUGGAGAACAAGUUCGCAGGACACGUCUUGGUUGCUCAGAAGGAGGGUAUCAAGAAGGCUAUUGCUGCUGCCUCCAACGCCGGACUGUUGUACUUCAUCGCCUACGCUGCGAACGCCCUCGCAUACUGGCAAGGUAGCAAGGCCAUCUCAAAGUCAGUCGCUGGAACCGGCGACGGCACUUCAGUGGGUGACAUUUACACCGUUGUGUUCCUCAUCGUUGAUGCCUGUAUCAUGCUCGGCACCAUCGCUCCUCUUCUACCCCUUUUCGGCUCAGCAGCCGCUGCCUUCGUCAAGCUCCGGGAGGACAUUGACAAGCACUCGACUAUUGACUCCGUCACCGAGGAUGGUGAUAGACUGCCCACCAAUGUCCACGGCGAGGUUGAACUCCGUGGAGUCACCUUUUCCUACCCCUCGCGCCCCGACACGGAUGUGCUCAAGGAAAUCUCUCUCGUCUGCCCCGGUGGAAAGUACACUGCCAUCGUUGGUCUUUCCGGCAGCGGAAAGUCGACUAUUGCCGGCCUUGCCACGAGAAUCUACGACCCCAAGCAAGGCCAAGUCCUCAUCGACGGCCAGGAUAUCCGCAACCUCAACGUCAGAAACGUCCGAAGCUACAUCAGUCUCGUCCAGCAGGAACCUUCUCUCCUCGACCGCUCCGUCAUCGAAAACAUUGCUCUCGGUCUCGUCAACUCGCCCAAGGAGGAGCACCAGAGACUCAAGGAGACUCUCUACGGACCCCAGCUCGCCCAGCUGGCCGAGGAUCUCAUGGCCGGCGCCGACCUUAACACAGCCGCCCAGAAGUACGGACCCGAAGUUGUCGAGAUUGUCAAGCUCGUCCAGAACGCGACCGACCUGGCUGACGCCACCUCCUUCAUCGAUCGCCUCAAGCAUGGAUUCGGAACCUCCGUCGGCAGCGGCGGUAAGCUCGUCAGUGGUGGUCAGAGACAGCGUGUGGCUCUCGCCCGUGCUCUCAUUCGUGAUCCCAAGAUUCUGAUUCUCGACGAGGCCACCGCUGCCCUGGACUCUGCCAGUGAAGCUCGCAUCCAAAAGGCUGUUGAGAAGGUCUCUAAGGGCAGAACUCUCAUCUCCAUUGCUCACCGUCUCUCCACCAUCAAGAACGCCGACAACAUCAUUGUCAUGAGCGCUGGUGACAUCAUGGAACAAGGAACCCACGCUGAUCUCAUCGCUCGCAACGGCGCCUACGCUAACUUGGUCAACCUGCAAAACAUCAAUGGCUCCGAGGAGGAGAACGCUCCCUCUCGCGCAAGCACCGCCGUCGAGUCGUCUGCGGCCUCCGUGGAUGCCGAGACCCCUGGCGUCGACCCCAAGGAUCUUGCCCGGGCCAUCGAAACGGAGGCAGGCCCGCAGGCCGUCGUCACCGAGAAGACCAAGAAGCAACUCAAGAAAGAGGCCAAGGAACUCAAGAAAAAGAAGAAGAACGCCGCCCUGGAAACCGAGAACAGCGGUCUCGACAACGACAGAUCUACCUGGUGGAUCGCCAAGAAGGCUGGCGUCAUGGUCCGCCCUAACAUUCUCUACCUCCUCCUCGCUAUGGUGUCUGCCUUCAUCGUCGGUUGCACUUUCAGCGCAUCUGGUACCAUUUUCGGUUUUGCCAUUGGCGUCGCCAGCCCCUGCAACGAGCCCAGCUACAUCCAGAGCAGAGGUGCCUUCUUCGCCGGCCUGUUCUUCAUGCUCGCCUGCGUCGAACUCGUCGCCAACUUAUGCAGUUGGUCCGCCUUUGGUUACAUUGCCGAGAAGCUCCUGUACAAGAUCCGCGUCGGUUCGUUCCGUGCCCUCUUCCAGCAGGAGCUCGAGUGGCACCAGUCCGGAGCUCGCAACCCUUCGACGCUUCUGUCCCUCAUCACCAAGGAUGCGGCGUCUAUCGGUGGCUUUAGCGGUUCCAUCAUGGGAACCAUCUUCGCCGUCGUCGUCAACCUCUUCGUCGCCAUCAUCUACUCUCACAUUCUGAACUGGAGAAUCGCCAUCGUCUGCCUGGUCAUCGUGCCCAUGCUCCUCGGCUCCGGUAUCAUGCAGAUCCGCGUCCUCUCGCGCUUCGAGGAGAAGCACGCCGGCGCGUACGCCACCGCCGUCGGCAUCACCGUCGAGUCCGUCAACUCCAUCAAGACCGUCGCCACCCUCUCCCUGGAACACGAGGUCUUUGGCCAGUACAAGCGCGCCCUCAAGGACCCCAAGAAGGAAAUCAUCUCGGCCGUCACGUUCGCCAACAUUUGGCUCGCCGUCGCCAACGUCACCGGUAACAUCAUCUACGCCUUCGCCUACUGGUGGGGUUCCAAGCAGAUCGUCGCCGGCAACGCCACGCAGACGCAGUUCCUCAUCAUCAACGUCGCCAUGCUCGUCGGUGCCCAGCUGUGGGGCCAAAUGUUCACCCUCGCCCCCGAGGUCACCCGCGCCCGCAUGGCCGCCUCCAGGAUCUUCAGUCUCCUCGACCUCAGCAAGUCCGACGCCGACCCGACAGGCAAGGCUGCCGACGACGCUUCCGAGUCCUCCAAGGGCAAGGAAAAGGAAAAGGACGUCGAGGCCCUCGCCAACCCCAACCCGCGCCCCUCCCCCGGCCGCGGUGGUGUCGCCGUCUCCUUCAAGAACGUCUCCUUCUCCUACCCUGCCCGCCCCGAGGUCCAGAUCCUCGACAACAUGUCCUUCACCAUCCAACCCGGCCAAUUCUGCGGUCUCGUCGGCCCCUCAGGCGCCGGCAAGUCCACCGUCAUGGCCAUCGUCCAGCGCAUGUACACCGCCAGCUCGGGCACAAUCGAGAUCGACGGCAUGGACAUUUCCAAGUUUGACGGCACCGACUUCCGCGACGACAUCGCCGUCGUGCCCCAAGACAGCGCCCUCUUCGACGGCAGCGUCAAGUUCAACGUCGGCCUCGGCGCCCGGCCCGGUCAAGACGCCACAGACGAAGAAAUCGAAGAAGCCUGCCGCCUCGCCAACAUCCACGAGACCAUUGUCGGCCUCCCGCAAGGCUACGACACAGAGUGCGGCCCCAACGGCUCCCAGCUCUCCGGCGGCCAGCGCCAGCGCGUCGCCAUCGCCCGCGCCCUGGUUCGCAAGCCCCGCCUCCUCCUGCUGGACGAGAGCACCUCCGCCCUCGACGCUGAGAGCGAAAAGGCGCUCCAAGAAGGCCUCGAGCGCGCGGCGCGCGGCAUCACCGUCAUCGCCAUCGCUCACAGGCUGCACACGGUCCGCAAGGCCGACGUCAUCUUCGUCGUCGAGGCCGGCGCCGUCGCCGCCAAGGGCAGGCACGAGGAGCUCAUGGAGAAGAGCGAGAGUUAUCGCCUCAACGCCAUGCAGCAGAUGUUGGGUCACUAG